AUGGAAAACAGAGAUUCAGAGCUCGUGACACACAAUGGUGCGGGAUGUGAUGCGGAUAUUGAAAUCGCCACUCCUUUAGAGAAGGGAUCUUUAGCUGACUUAACUGAUGAACAAAUGGGUAUUCCUGAUGCGGAGGCAUUUGAAGCUCCCCCAAGAAAAGGUACCUACUAUGCAUUCAUAAUUUGUCUUUGUUUCCCUGUCUCAUUGGGAGGUUUUUUGUGUGGAUGGGAUAGUGGAAUCACCGCAGGUUUUAUCAAUAUGACAAACUUCAAAGAAAACUUUGGCUCCUAUAACCAUUCGACUGGUGAGUAUUACCUGAGCAACGUCAGAAUGGGACUCUUGGUCUCAAUUUUUAGUGUUGGGUGCGCUUUGGGGGGUGUUUCAUUAGCAAAGCUGGGUGACAUCUUUGGUAGAAGACUGGCCAUCAUGCUUGUGAUGGUGAUUUAUGUGGUUGGCGCAAUUAUACAAAUUUCAGCAAGUGGAAAAUGGUAUCAAUACUUUGUUGGAAAAAUUAUUUACGGUUUGGGUUGCGGUGGAUGUUCCGUUUUGUGUCCCAUGCUUCUGUCAGAGAUAGCACCCAAAGAUUUAAGAGGUGCUCUUAUAUCUAUGUAUCAACUGAUGGUACUUUUGGCAUUUUCCUAGGCUACUGUGUGGUGUAUAAUACUAGACACUACGCUGAUACAGCUCAAUGGAGAGUUCCAUUGGGUCUCUGUUUUGCAUGGGCUAUAAUAUUAUGCUUCGGUAUGUUAAUAAUUCCCGAGUCCCCAAGAUACUUAAUUGAGAGAGGAAAAUUUGAGGAGGCACGCCGUGCCGUUGCCAAGUUAAGUAAACUUCCCGAGGAACAUCCAUUUGUUCGCAAUGAAAUUGAUCAAAUAACGGCAGGGGUUGAGGCUCAAAGAAUGGCAGGAGAAGCGUCAUGGAAAGAACUCUUCUCCGUCAAAACAAAAGUCUUGCAACGAUUGAUCACGGGUGUGCUUGUCCAAUCAUUUCUACAGCUUACGGGUGAAAAUUAUUUUUUUUUUCUACGGUACAACCAUAUUUAAGUCUGUUGGCUUGACAGAUGGAUUUGAAACAUCAGUAAUAAUCGGUACCGUCAAUUUAUUUUCAACUAUUGUCGCAGUACUUGUUAUUGACAAGCUGGGAAGACGCUUUUGCCUGAUGACAGGUUCUGCUGGGAUGCUUGUUUGCAUGGUGGUAUUUGCAAGCGUCGGAGUUACUAGAAUUUAUCCAAAUGGGGAUUCUGGUCCAAGUUCAAAGGGUGCAGGAAACUGUAUGAUUGUUUUCACCAUGUUUUACAUUUUCUUCUUUGCAACAAGUUGGGCUCCAAUUUGUUAUAUCGUUGUUGCUGAAUCGUUUCCGUCAAGAGUGAAAGCAAAGGGAAUGUCCAUAUCAACAGCAUUUAACUGGUUGUGGCAGUUUUUGAUUGGUUUCUUUACCCCUUUUAUUACUAGCGCCAUCAAUUUUUAUUAUGGUUACGUAUUCGUCGGCUGCUUAGUGGCAAUGUUCAUCUAUGUUUUUGUUUUUGUACCAGAAACUAAGGGACUAUCACUGGAAGACAUUCAAGUUUUGUACGAGGAGGGAGUUCCGCCAUGGAAAAGUGCCUCAUGGACCCCUCCAAGUCGACGUUUCGUAGCCGCUAAAAAAGAAUCUUCCAGGAAGAAGAGCUGGAAAAGAAGUUUUUCAUACUUCAAGGGCAGUGAUAUUGUCU